AUGGCCGGCUACGGCUAUUCGUCGCCGGAUUCUCAAGCGAUGAACGGCGGCGGCUCGACGGGGGCGAAUUCGAUCGACCUCGACGACGAGCUGAUGGACCCAACGAUAUUCUUCGAGCGCGGCCGAAUCAAACAACUUCAGGACGAACGCGUCAGCAUACAAAAGAAGACUUUCACUAAAUGGUGCAACUCAUUUUUGAACAGGGCACGGCUCGAAAUCGCUGACCUGUUCAUCGACUUGUGCGACGGCAUUCUGCUGAUGAAGCUGCUGGAGAUAAUCAGCGGUGAUAAGCUAGGCAAAGCAAAUCGCGGUCGCAUGCGUGUGCACAAAAUUGAGAACCUCAACCGCGUGCUCGACUACCUGAAACGCAAACGCAUCCAGUUGGAGAACAUAGGCGCUGAGGACAUACUCGACGCCAACCCUCGUUUAAUUCUUGGCCUCAUUUGGACCAUCAUUCUACGUUUCCAGAUAGAGGACAUUGAGAUCGAAAUUGUCAACGUAAGAAGCUAAGC